GAUAUAUGUUAUUUUCAUGAAUAAACUAAAGUGAAAUCUAUUAAGAUUUACAUAAAAUGAAAUAACAAUAAUUUUUUGAAAGCUCAUGAACAUAUAUAAAUUUUACAAAAUAACUUAUUUAUAGUACUUGUCGUUUCAUUUUUUUUAUAUGUAUAAAAAUCAAUGGAAUAUUAUUAUAGAUAAUAAUAUGUUGCUAUUUUAAUUAGACUUUGAUUUUAAGUAGAAAAUUUGGAUUACUCCGCUUAAUCAUAUUAUGGGUAUCUAUAAUAUUAAAAGAGAAACAUUCUGAAAAAUCUACUUAUAAAAGAUUGUUGGACCCUUUCAUUAGAUUAAUAUUUUUUUGUAUUUCCUUAUUUAUCUCUAACCAUAAGUAACUCAAUAUUCAAUAACAUUAUAUACCAUAUCAUUCACCUAUUUUUACUCUUAUGAGUUAAUCAUAUAAUUUACAAUAUUUUUAAACGAGAAUAUGCUUGCGAAUUCACGCUAUCAUUAAAAUUAUUGAAGAUUUUGUCAUUCAUAAUUGGUAAGCCCCAUUCUCAUCUACACAAAUCUUACGUACAUAGAUGACAAAUCAAAUAGUUUUUUAAAUUUUUCGUAUUAUUAUAAAAUAUAUGAGAAUUAUAAUCAAUUUUUUAAAAAAUAUUAUCAAAAUUUUCUAAGUUUUUAUCGGGUCAACCUGUGUUGGUUCACGGGUUAAUGGCAUGAUUUUUGGUUUUAUCAGAUUUUUAAUUAAUAGGUUUUUCUUAAAUCUGAAUUUUGUGAAAACAUAUCAGUUGGUAUAAUCAUGAUAGAAUUUACAUGAAGAAUAUAAGCCAGUCCAUAUUAUAUACGGCCACUAGUUUACUGGUCCAAUUGCAGGUCUGAAUCAAAUAUGAAAACAAUGAUUAUAUCUUAAUUCGUCAAUAAACUACAUAUGUAUUCCUACUAAAAGGAGUUAAAUCAUUUUCAAAAAUAAAAUGUUUUUUUCGUACCAUUUCAAUGUUUCACGAUUUAUUUCAGUUUUUUGGUUCUAAAGAUAUAGGAUUUGCUCGAUUAUUUAUGAAAGUCAGUUUAAUGUAGUUUUCGUUUUUCUUCUUCAGUUUGCUAUAGUUUAGUUCCCGAUUUCGGAUAAAUGUACACAACCUAUACACUAUAUAUAUUAUGUAGAAAUUUAUUUAAAUAUAUAUUAAAUUUUGAAAACAAAUCCGCGCUUUUAAGCGCGGGUCAAAAUCUAGUAUUAACUUACAAGUUACAACUAUUCAUCCAAAUUAACUAUAGUUGUUUUCAGUUCUAAUUUAAAAAAAAAAUCGGGUUAAACUAUUUAUAAUAAAAAUAUUACACAUAUUUAAUUGUAUUUAGAAUAAAACUAUUUUAGUUAUCUUUCCAAUAUUCAAACAAAUAGUAGAACAUAAUAUAGUGUAUGUUGGUUGAGAUUAUGUUCUAAAGAUAAUUGUUUUAAAAAAAAAUUAAGCUCAUUUGUUUUUGUGAACUCUCUUUUUUAUGAAAUCAUUGUGAAGUAUAUAUAUAUAAAUCAUUGUGAUUUGGAAACCAAUAUAAGGAAAAGUUAAACUUCAAAAUCUGACUAAAAACUAUAUAAAAGGAAAAGGAGAUCAAAAUUCUAAUAAUGGAAAUAUAUAUAGUACUUUUAUUUCAUUAAAGAUAUUUUCAAUUAACCACCAUGAGAAUUAACUUGAUCGCGACACGUAAGAAACAUAUUUCCAAAUAAUAUUAUAGGAUAUACUUUAGAUUUUGUUAUAAAUUCAUGAAAAUCUAUUGGACUUGAUUUCAAAUAAAUAUAUAUAUAUAUAUAUAUAAUUAAAAUCAAUUACUUUUUAAUAACAUUAGAUUUAAUUUAAUUUAAUAUUUUAAACUUUAAUUAAAUAACAUCAGAUUUAAGAAUUUUUUUGAGAAUUAGGAUUUAAGAAUUAAUAAUGCAUAAUUUAAAAUUUUAAGUUCUUAUUGAAUAACAACAGAUUAUAGUUGGAUUUAAUUUUUUUAAAUAACACCUUGUAUUUAUUUUGGAAAAAAAAACUAAACAUAUAAAUAAACUUGACCUAAUGGUGUAUUCUUUAACAUAAAUUUUAGUUUUUAUCUCCUUAGCAAAAAAAAAAAUUUGUAACUUAUCUCAUCAGCAGUUUCCGCUGAAGAUGAACAGCGACGAUGAACAGCUGCAGGGAAACAAGAACACCAACCUUCCACCACCGCUGAAUCUACAAUCUCAAUCGUUUUCUUCACUCCCACAUGAAAUAUCUGAGAACAUUCUUGCCCGUGUCUCUAGAUGCAACUACCCUAGUCUCUCUCUUGUCUCCAAGAGAUUCCACUCUCUCCUCUCUUCUCCUGAACUGUACAAGACACGUUCACACAUCAGAACCACCGAACCAUGUCUCUAUGUCUGCCUAAAACAUUACGAAGACCAACCUUCUAAAUGGUUCACUCUUUGGAUGAGACCUGUCGAUGAAACUCUAACCAAAGACGACGACGAUCAUCUUCUUCCACAUGAUGACUAUUCGUUGUUUCCGGUACCUUCUUCUUGUAAUCCUUUCCUCGAACCAUAUUGUACUUUAGUAGCGGUUGGUUCGGAACUCUACGUAAUCGGUGGAACUUACGAGGCUCCGUCUUCAGCUGUUCGUAUUCUUGAUUGUUGUACUCACACUUGGCGUGAUGGCCCUAGUAUGUUGGUGGCUCGGUGGUGUGUGGAUGCGUUUUUACUCGACGAGAAAAUAUACGUGAUGGGACGUUCGGGGAUCAACGAGUCUCUGGCUUGGAUAGAAGUGUUGGACAUAAAGACUCAGACUUGGAGACAAUUGCGGAGCCUUGGAGCCUACGAGUUUGACAGCCGUUGGUUUGAGAUUAAUGUAUUUAAAGGAAAGAUUUACGCAAUUGCUGAAGAUAAGAGCUAUGCUUAUGACCCGCAAGAAAGUAGGUGGGAAGUUGUGGAGACCCACCGGCGGGGCUUCAAAUUUAUAAAGGAUUGGUGUGUAAUAGAGGAUGUAAUGUAUUGUUUUACACACUCCGGUUAUUGCAAAUGGUAUGACUCCAAAACUAGAGACUGGAUAGAUGUCAAGGGUUCAGAUAUGGAACUAUUGCGCAUGCAUAGAACAUGUGGCUUAGCAUGGCGGCCUAUGCUUCGAAUACACAACCUUGGUGGGAAACUUUUAGUUAUGUGGGUCCCCGAUUUUGAAAUAGACAACGAAAAAACUGAAAGGAGAAUAUGGUGCGCGAAAAUUGCAUUAGAGAAGCGUGGAAGUGAUGUUUGGGGUAAGAUAGAAUGGGCUAAUUCUGUCCACGAGUGGUGUUGGUUCAUGAGUUGUGUAGUCUCGAUUUGAUGGUUAGCAAAAAAAUGGUAUGCUUGAACGACUUUUGCAGUUAUAAUUGUUUUAGUAGUGGUUUUAGUCAUAGUCGACCCUCUAGUAUACUGAUGUAAACACCCAAAGUAAUAUAGAAAAAGCAACAAGAAAGCUUUUAUAAACAUAAUAUAUGCCUACAAUAUUUGUUCGUUUACCA